AUGGCCAGCCUCCCCUCGCAGCACCCCACCCUCUCCCUCCACCUCUCCGACGUCACCCUCACCCCGCUCAUCACCUCGGCCUCGUCGCAAUCCCACCUCGAGUCCCUUACCGCCCUCACCUCGAGCGCCCUCUCUUCCCAGACCGCCGCCCAGCGCCUUGGUCUCGGCCGUCCUCAGCGCCUCAUGGUCGAGUACCCGGAGCGCGGGCCCGUCGUCCUACACUCUUAUCUCGACCCCCGCGAUACCGCCGAAGCCAGCGCCGCCGGGAACAACAACGCUGCAGCAGCAGCAGCGUCGAGUCGUCCCGGUUCAGCGCCCGGCUCUAGCCACGGCCUCGACUCACGGUCCGAACCGCCAUCCGCAAAGGACGACCCGCGCUCCGAGGACGCGGCGCCGCUGCUCGUCGGUGUCGUGGUCGCCGGAUCCGCCGAGGAGGCGAGGGAGGCCCGCCGUGCUUCUGCGAGGCUGGAACGCGUGGGUAGAGAGUUCCAGAAGGAGUGGGUGGCCGAGAGUCAAGACCGCGCACACGAGGAUGGGCCCGAAUGA